AUGGACGCGGCGAACGAUCAGAGGGCGCUGAAGGCGGUGCACACCGCCAUCGGAUGCAACGCGGCGAUUUUGGUGUGCAAAUUGGGAGCGUACGGCGCGAGUGGGUCGCCUUCGAUGCUCGCGGAGAGCAUUCACAGCGUGGCAGAUAUCGUUAAUCAGAUGCUGUUGCAAGUGGGGAUCACAAAUAGUAAUAGAAAGCCCGAUGCGACGUUCAAUUACGGUUAUCGACGCGAGCGGUUCGUGUAUUCGUUGAUUUCCGCGGUGGGAAUUUUCUUUCUCGGUGCUGGGUUUAGCGUGAUGCACGGGAUGCACGGGUUGAUGGACCCGAUGCCGUCUGAAAACAUACGUAUUGGGAUCGCGGUGUUGGGCGCGUCGGCGUUGUUGGAAGGAUUUUCGUUAAAGGUGGCGUACGAGUCGUUGCGCGACAACGCCAAGGCGCAAGGAAUGACGCUGAGGGAAUUUAUCAAAUCUGGUAAAGAUCCCACCAGCGUGGCCGUGCUCGCAGAAGAUGCUGCCGCGGUGUUGGGUUGUGGCAUCGCGGGUACGGCGCUCAUCGCGUGCGAAGUGACGGGGAGUCCGAUGUACGACGCGAUGGGCUCGAUUGCUGUCGGUGGCCUUCUUGGGGUGACGGCAAUGUACCUCAUCAACAGUAACCGACUGCUCCUACUUGGCCGAUCUCUCGGUGCAGAUAAGAUGCAAGUCAUCACGGAGCACAUGCGCCGCGAUCCAGUCGUCGAAGAGGUUUACUUUGCUAAGAGCGAAGAGCUUGGCGCUGGGACGUAUCGUUUCGCCGCCGAAGUUGAAUUUAGCGGCAAAAAGAUUGUCGAGCGAUAUCUCGCGAAGAAAAAUCGUCGCAUGGAGCUGCACUCGAAGUUUAACGAGGCGUCAAUAUCGGCGGAUGCGCAAGCUAUGGACGGUGCGCUGUCUUUUUACGGUGAAGAAAUCGUUCAAGCCGUCGGCGACGAAGUCGAUCGCAUGGAGAAGGAAAUCGUCAAGAUUGAACCCUCCAUCCAUUACGUCGACAUCGAGACGAAUUAG